UUGAACUCACACUUCAGUACCUGUUGUUGACAAUCAACCUCAAGUUCAAUCUUGCAUCUUCGCCACAUCCCUGGACCAAAUAUAGCUUUAGAAAUACAUUGGAAAAGAUUCAGGGGUUGUUUCAAAAGUUCACAAGGAAAAGAUUUUUUUUUUUAUUAUUAUUAUACAUACGACUAAAGAUUUUUACCAUUUUAUGUGUUUUAGGUUGUCAAUUCCUAGAUGAAUGGACUAGAUCAUCAGUCGCACUUUACCCAUGUUUUUAAUGGGUUAAAAAUGAGAAUAAAACUCUGUAGAGGAUGGAUCACUAAGUCUAGAGAAAUCUAUUCCACAUCUAUGCGGCUAACAUCUUGGAUGCUCCAUGCUUUUCUUGUAUAGGGUCUUUUUCAAGGUUAGGGGAACUGGGGCCCUCCCCAAUCCCAUGGUUAGUUUUGUGCAAAUUUUUAAACUUCAAUGAACAAGAAUUCUUAUGUUUUAUGGUUUCCUCAAUAUUACCUAUGUGGAGUUAGAGGUGAUGAAUACUGCAUCAAAGUCAUUGUUCCGGCAACCCAGGAAGAGGCUUUCAUAUGUAUUGACAUUUGAAUCAGAGCGAGAAAGGAAUACAAUCAUUAUGGUUGCAAGAAAACAUGCUCUUGAUUGCAAUGAGCUUUGCCUGCUUAGCUCUGCACAACUUGAUGAGAAGCCUCUAUUCCCUUUGCAUCCCUCAAGUAAUGGUCACUGCUUUUCAUCUCAGAAAACUGUUGUUUCAAGCAUCAAGAGAGGAUUCUCUGAUGCAAUGUAUGGGUUUUCAAAGGGAAACAUGCUUUCUAACUAGGAAGUAAAUGUGAUGCUGUCACCUAGGUCAUGUUCGAACUUGGGAUUGAAAUCAGGUUGUGUGCUUGAAAACCUUGCAUCUCAACCAACAAAAGCAAAAAGAGAUAGCAAUUCAAAACUGUGCUUAGAGGUUAAUUUUCUGCUGCAACAGCUUAUGCUUUCUACAAGAGUAUUCCUCACUGGGAGAGUAAUAGAUGUAAAUGGAUUUAGAGAUCAUUAACAACUCCAAAAAUCCAACACUUUCUAUGGUUUCUAUCCCACCAACGACUUGAGUGCUUUGAUUUCCUAGACAGUUAAAUAUGUAUGUAUUGUUGACAUCAUAGAGAUUGAAUU